AUCUGCUCGAGACACCUCCCCUCCAAAUGCCUCCAGACUGCCUGAGGUCAUGUUCAGCAGGACAGACCUCUUAGCUGACGGAGAGAAGACAGAGAGAGACAAGGUGAGAAAUGAUCUAUGCUUAAAGAGAGAGAAAAUACAUAUUUUUGCUAAAACGAUGAGACGUUAUUUUAGAUGGAGAAGACACAGACAGAGAGAAAGAGAGACAGAGAGACAGCGAGAAACAUGGCUACUUGGAGGCAUGGUACAAGAGAAAACGUACAACCGGAAAACCUUCACCCCUCAGAACAGUCAUCCUUUUCUUUGAUUAGUCCUCUAAUGUCUCUUAUAUGUCUGUCUGUAUCAACUCACCUGACAGGCUGUCUCGGAGUCUGACAGACUCUUGAGUCAAGUCCUCUGGUGUGUCGUCCCUGUGAAGACGACAAGGAGACAGACACCCAGAAACAUGACAUUACACAGACACCCAAUAUCACAGACUUACUCACACACAGCCAGGACAGCAGUAGUUCAUGUAUCUGUUACAAAAGCUUAUCUAAUAAACAGCAAGCUCUUUGAUAAGAAUAAUCGGCUGCAAAAUUGGUAUCCAUUUGCCCAUGUGACAGAACACAUGAAUUAGAACACAGCACCCUCUACAGGCAAACAGCUGACAAGAUGACAUGCACUGCUAUAUAGUGCACUACGUUUGACCAGAGCCCUGGCCCAAAGUACUGCACUAUAAAAGGAAUAGAGUGCCAUUUGGUGGACACGCAUAGAAAACAGCUCUAGUACCCAUUCUUUCUGCAGUCAUCUAUCCACUCCUUCAUGAUGGCGUGGUAGGUGUCCAGGUCAAUAGAGACAUCUUUGUGCUCCGGGUCCAGCAUAUUACACAGGUCUUCCAGCCCACUGUCCUCAGAACCCCGGCUGGUGGUGUGACGCAGGUAAUCCACAAUACGAGACACGUACACCUUACCUGAAGGAGCAGGAGGAGGGAGGGGCCAGGUUACGGUCUUUACCAUAGUCAUUUACCGGGUUACUGUGGUCAGUCUGGUGACUAGCACGGUCAGGGACCUCCCCAUGCCCAGACGUCAUAGCAAUCUCCUACCUCCGCCUGAGGUUCUUCAGUAACAGCUUUUAGUAAACAAACAAGGUGUUUACACUCAAACCUUAGACUGAAAAAGCUGUGUAACCUCCACACAACGGGGGUCAAGUGUAGGCCUCCAGAACCUAACCUUCAGUAAACCCUAAACCACAGAGAUAAAACUACUAGAAAUCCACAAGCUUCCUCUGGGAUGCAAGCCGAACGACUAGGCACUACAGACCGCAGAGCAGAGAUAAAGGGAUCACACUAGAGGAUUUCUUAAAGAACGCCCUGUUCCUCCAUUGCCACAGGCCAAUCAGCUCAGGAGGAGGCAACAUAAGACAGGAGGGGUGGGGAGACUGACAGGAUUGUAAAGAGAGAACCACCCAUAAGGAAUCUAGAGCACUUGUAUCACAUAAUUGACUGCUUCAGAAACAAAGAAAAGAAAGCAGACCUGGCUACAACUCAGUGGAGCAAUUGAUUGACAGCUUUUUUUUUUCCAAAGAAUUAUCACAGUGAGAGUGUAUGAGACUCAUACUGUGUGUGUUCGAUACUGUGAGUCUGGGUAGAUGAGUGUGCACUCCAGAAUGUGCUAUAUUUGAUAUUUUGAGUGUGUAUGCAAGUUGACUUCUGUGCUCAGCGUAUAUUUGAUACUUUGAGAGUUUAAUACUGUGUCUGUGUGUGUGUGUGUGUUUACCUCUGCGCUGGGUGUCACAAGCGUGGAAAAUGGUGUCUAAUAAAUCCUCUUCACAGAUCAGACUGACCUCAGCCUUCAUCUCCUUCUGGUUCUCUGAGGAGAACAUGGCUCCUACACACACACACACACACUUUCUGUAACUACACCGGCCAAUGGCCACUUCAUCAGUGGCCAAUAAACACGAUUCUUCUUCUGUCAGUUGCAUAACUUUCCUUGAGGCAACAUAAAUGUAAAUGUAAUAAUAACAUGUGGAUAAUGUGUGACGUAAGAGAUGGUGAAUGGAAUAGAGUAUGUGAGAGGCCUGAGGAAUGCUCUUAACCUCCUGUGAUCAAUAGUCUAUAUCAUUGUUCACUAAGAACUAAGCAGUGCUUUCGUAAUCCCACUGUGACCCUCUGUGUGUGUGUGUAUUCCCCCUACCGUCUCCCAUGGACAGUCUCUUGACAACCAGGGCCGGGUAAGGCAGCUCACACUGCAGCAGGUUGGCCGUGGAGUCUGACGAGCAGAAGUUGAGGUUGUAGGACAGCAGGCUGUGUGCGGGUGUGUGAGUGUGGGACAGAGACGGGAUCUUGUGCCUCGCACUGCUGUCUGACCGUGUCCCUGUCCCCGCCUCAGGCUGAGUAAACUGGGGACCAUGAGAGAAGUUGAAAAACAUGUCUCCAGUCUGGACAGCUGGGGUGGAGCAGUUCCUCUGCCAUCCUCUCCCUUGCCCUCCAAACCCCACCCCCGUGCCCCUCCACUCCCCAGGAUGACUGGUGAUGGUGAACGUAGCAUUGACUGGGGUCGGGGGGUUCAUGGUGGGGUGGACGGGUGUGGAGGUGGGACAGUGGGAGCUCCUGGGAACCUGGGGUGAACCCUUGGGGGUCAACAUCCCCUCCCUCUCGCGCUUCUUCAGGAUUACUUCCAGGUUGUGGCGCAGGCCGGACUGGGGGCUGUCGUAGCUGCUGGACGUGAACUUUGGGAUCUGGAAGGGCGAGGAGGGGUUAACCUCAUGGUUGUGCCGCUGGAUGUUCUGCAGUUUACGACAGAUGCUGUCAACAGGGUUGUGGCGUUGCCGAUGGGUCACUCCAAGGUCCAUGCUGGAGCAGGUGGGGAAAACAGGACAAGAGCUAGAGAGGGGAGAGGCUGUCAUUGGAGACCGGCCAUCAUUGUAAAUAUAAAUGUGUUCUUAAUCGACCUGCCUGUUAAAAUAAAGGUAAAAUAAAUCAUUAAAAGGAGACGGGUUUAGUGAAAGGAGAGGAAUUAUACCGAUAUGCCAUCACACCACAUAUGUAAGCAUACUUCCCAAGUUCAUCACGUCAGACAUCCCAAAUAUACUAUUUACAGGUAUUGAUUGAGGUUGUUGUUGUAGUCUAUCAUUCUUGUGUUUCUUGUGUGUAGACUAUAGGGUUAUCGUUUUUAAAUGGGAGCAAUAGAGCACAGCACACCAGCAGAGUCUAGCUGGAUAAAAAUAAGGACCUUACCUGAGCCACUAACUGAAAGGACACUUAUUAUUCAAUCAAUUCUUCUGUAAACUAACAAGAGUGAUUGUUACACUAAUAUACAUUUUGUUGACAAGACAAAAAUGUUGUAGACCUGUGUUAUACAAAAUAAAAUGACAACGACCGUCAUGAAUGAGUAAUUGAUUGACGCCAAUUUUCUUUUCUUUUUUGCAAUAAAUAUGAACGACAGACUGGCAUAGUUUAAACUUGGAUUUUGAUGUUGGCUACUAACCUCUCUUUACCGUGUAGCCUAUCUUUUGUAAACGUAAAUUGUCCUCGUUGAAGUCUUAAUUCGCUUGAUAGAGCCUUCAAAGUCAAACCACACUCUGGAAAUCAAUCAGCGCGCUUGAGUGACAUGUGAAUGCAAUUUGAAAGGGACGAGGUAGAUCACUCAUCUAAAACCAAGCCAACACUGACCCCAUGUGGCAAAUAAUGUUGUUGCAUCCCCAUUUGAUCAAGUCAACAAUCAGUUAUUUUGCAGUGUAAAAAUCCACAAUUGGAGAUGUGUGAUUGUAGAAAGUGGUAAAAACAAACAAAUAUGUUGUACCACCAGCCAGGUGUUGUCUAUGAAGGUGAUUACAGUGUCCAUGCCCUCCCCUGUGUCCUUUUGUAUCUUUAGCUAAUAAAGAAACUGCACCCUGUCUUUUGAUUAGAAUAGAAUAGAGCUGAGCUAACUUUGAAGAAUAGAAUAUCUUGCCAACUAAUGCCUAGUCCAUGUACCUAUUUUGCAAUAGACAUGUUGUGAUCCAAUUUAAACAUCAAAAUAAAAUAAAAUGUGUUACAUGCGCCGAAUACAACAGGUGUAAACCUUACAGUGAAAUGCUUACUUACAAGCCCUUAACCAACAAUGCAGUUUUAAGAAAAAUCAGUGUUGAGUAAACAAUAGAUAAGUAAAAAAUAAAAGCAGUAAAAUAACAGUAAGAAUAACAGUAGCGAGGCUAUAUACAGGGGGUACCGGUACAGAGUCAAUGUGCGGAGCACCGAUUAGUCGAGGUAAUUGAGGUAAUAUGUACAUGUAGAUAAUAAACAGAAAGUAGCAGCAGCGUAAAAGAGGGGGUGGCCAUUUGAUUAGCUGUUCAGGAGUCUUAUUGCUUGGCGGUAGAAGCUGUUAAGAAGCCUUUUGUACCUAGACUUGGCGCUCCGGUACCUCUUGCCAUGUGGUAGCAAAGAGAACAGUCCAUGACUAGGGUGGCUGGAGUCUUUGACAAUUUUUAGGGCCUUUCUCUGACACCGCCUGGUAUAGAGGUCCUGGAUGGCAGGAAGCUUGGCCCCAGUGAUGUACUGGACCGUACACACUACCCUCUGUAGUGCCUUGCGGUCGAAGGCCGAGCAGUUGCCAUACCAGGCAGUGAUACAACCAGUCAGGAUGCUCUCGAUGGUGCAGCGUUAGAACUUUUUGAGGAUCUGAGGACCCAUGCCAAAUCUUUUCAGUCUCCUGAGGGGGAAUAGGCUUUGUCGUGCCCUCUUCAUGACUGCCUUGGUGUGUUUGGACCAUGAUAGUUUGUUGGUGAUGUGGACACCAUGGAACUUGAAGCUCUCAACCUGCUCCACUACAGCCCCGUCGAUGAGAAUGAGGCCGUGCUCGGUCCUUCUUUUCCUGUAGUCCACAAUCAUCUCCUUUGUCUUGAUCACGUUGAGGGAGAGGUUGUUAUUCUGGAACCACACGGUGAACAGGGAGUACAGGAGGGGACUGAGCACACACACCUGAGGGGCCCCCGUGUUUAGGAUCAGUGUGGCAGAUGUGUUGUUACCUACCCUUACCACCUGGGUGCGGCCCGUCAGGAAGUCCAGGAUCCAGUUGCAGAGGGAGGUGUUUAGUCCCAGGGUCCUUAUCUUAGUGAUGAGCUUUGAGGGCACUAUGGUGUUGAACGCUGAGCUAUAAUCAAUGAAUAGCAUUCUCACAUAUGUGUUCCUUUUGUCCAGAUGGGAAAGGGCGGAGUGGAGUGCAAUAGAGAUUGCAUCAUCUGUGGAUCUGUUGGGGCGGUAUGCAAAUUGGAGGGUCGGUCUAUGGUUUCUGGGAUAAUGGUGUUGAUGUGAGCCAUGACCAGCCUUUCAAAGCACUUCAUGGCUACAGACGGGAGUGCUACGGGUCUGUUGUCAUUUAGGCAGGUGACCUUAGUGUUCUUGGGCACAGGGACUAUGGUGGUCUGCUUGAAACAUGUUGGUAUUACAGACUCAGUCAGGGACAGGUUGAAAAUGUCAGUGAAGACACUUGCCAGUUGGUCAGCGCAUGCUCAGAGUACACAUCCUGGUAAUCCGUCUGGCCCUGCGGCCUUGUGAAUGUUGACCUGUUUAAAGGUCUUACUCACAUCGGCUACGGAGAGUGUGAUCACACAGUCGUCCGGAACAGCUGAUGCUCUCAUGCAUGCUUCAGUGUUGCUUGCCUCGAAGCGAGCAUAGAAGUGAUUUUGCUUGUCUGCUAUGCUCGUGUCACUGGGCAGCUCGCGGCUGUGCUUCCCUUUCUAGUCUGUAAUAGUUUGCAAGCCCUGCCACAUCCGACGAGCGUCGGAGCCGGUGUAGUACGAUUAAAUCUUAGUCCUGUAUUGAUGCUUUGCCUGUUUGAUGGUUCGUUGGAGGGCAUUGCGGGAUUUCUUAUAAGCGUCCGGGUUAGAGUCCUGCUCCUUAAAAGUGGCAGCUCUACCCUUUAGCUCAGUGCGGAUGUUGCCUGAAAUCACGGCUUCUGGUUGGUGUAUGUAUGUACAGUCACUGUGGGGACGACGUCAUCGAUGCACUUAUUGAUGAAGCCAGUGACUGAUGUGAUGUACUCCUCAAUGCCAUCGGAAGAAUCCCGGAACAUAUUCCAGUCUGUGCUAGCAAAACAGUCCUGUAGCUUAGCAUCUGCGUCAUCUGACCACUUCUUUAUUAUCAUAUAUAAAUAAGAGAAGAACAGUAAGUGAAAAGCCAUAAACAGCAGGGACAAUCACACCUCAAUGUAAGCUAAUGGAUAACUUUCAAAGUGUUACUGUUUAUAUCAAUACAAACAUGGUUCUGUGAGAUAGUACAAUCAAUUAUUACCUGGGUUCUACACAGAGAAAUGUGUUCUAAGAGUGAAGAACAGGUUAGGUCACGUCAUUUCCUCAGAGAGAGCGUAUAGGCUAGUGACAAUCUACACCAAAGGCCCAUGAACUGGUUGGAAUAUAUUUUGUACAAUACAAGUUCAGAUCUAAUAGUGAAGACAUCAAAACUAUGAAAUAACACAUAUGGAAUCAUGUAGUAACCAGAAAAGUGUGAAACAAAUCGAAAUUCUUCAAAUAGCCACCCUUUGCCUUGAUGACGGCUUUGCACGCUCUUGGCAUUCUAUCAACCAGCUUCAAUGGAAUGCUUUUCCAACAAUCUUGAAGGAGUUCCCACAUAUGCUGAGCACUUGUAGGCUGAUUUUCCUUCACUCUGCGGUCCGACUUAUCCCAAACCAUCUCAAUUUCGUUGAGGUCAGGUGAUUGUGGAGGCCAGGUCAUCUGAUACAACACUCCAUCACUCUCCUUCUUGGUAAAAUAGCCCUUACACAGCCUGGAGGUGUUUUGGGUCAUUGUCCUGUUGAAAAACAAAUGAUAGUCCCACUAAGCCCAAACCAGAUGGGAUGGUGUAUCGCUGCAGAAUGCUGUGUGCCUCUAAAUAAAUCACCUACAGUGUCACCAGCAAAGCACCCCUACACCAUAACACCUCCUCCUCCAUGCUUUACGGUCGGAAAUACACAUGCGGAGAUCAUCAUUUCACCCACACCGCAUCUCACAAAGACACGGCGGUUGGAACCAAAAAUCUCAAAUUUGGACUCCAGACCAAAGGACACAUUUCUAAUGUCCAUUGCUUUUGUUUCUUGGCUGAAGCAAGUCUCUUCUUAUUAUUGGUGUCCUUUAGUAGUGGUUUCUUUGCAGCAAUUCGACCAUGAAGGCCUGAUUCACACAGUCGCCUCUGAACAGUUGAUGUUGAGAUGUGUCUGUUACUUGAACUCAGUUAAGCAUUUAUUUGGGAUGCAAUUUCUGAGGCUGGUAACUCUAAUUAACUUCAAUCUUCCAUUCCUGUGGCGGUCCUCAUGAGAGCCAGUUUCAUCAUAGCACUUGAUGUUUUUUGCGACUGCACUUGAAGAAGCUUUCAAUGUUCUUGACAUUUUCCGUAUUGACUGAACUUCAUGUCUUAAAGUAAUGAUGGACUGUCAUUUCUCUUUACUUAUUUGAGCUGUUCUUGACAUAAUAUGGACUCGGUAUUUUACCAAAUAGGGCUAUCUUCUGUAUACCCCCCUACCUUGUUAGAACACAACUGAUUGGACAAACACAUUAAGAAGGAAAGAAAUUCCACAAAUUAUAUUUUAAGAAGGCACACCUGUUAAUUGAAAUGCAUUCCAGGUGACUACCUCAUGAAGCUGGUUGAGAGAAUGCCAAGAGUGUGCAAAGCUGUCAUCAAGGCAAAGGGUGGUUAUUUGAAGAAUCUCAAAUAUAAAAUAUAUUUAGAUUUGUUUAACACUUUUUGGGUUACUACAUGAUUCCAUAUGUGUUAUUUCAUGGUUUUGAUGUCUUCACUAUUAUUCUGCAAUGUAGAAAAUAGUAAAAAUAAAGAAAAACCCUUGAAUGAGUAGGUGUUCUAAACCUUUUGACCGGUAGUUUACGUUUAAUAUAUAAAUGAGAGAAGAACAGUAAGUGAAAAGCCAUAAGCAGCAGGGACAAUCCAGGGAUAGUCAGCACACUACCUUAGGAAAACCUGUUUGGUUGCAUGCUAUAACGCAUACUCUAUACUGAACAAAAAUAUAAACGCAACAUGCAACAAUUUCAAAGAUUUUAAUGAGUUACAGUCCAUAUAUGGAAAUCAGUCAAUUGAAAUAAUUCAUUAGGCCUUAAUCUAUGGAUUUUACAUUAAUGGGAAUACAGAUAUGCAUAUGUUAGUCACAGAUACCUUAAAAAAAAAGUAGGGGCAUGGAUCAGAAAACCAGUCAGUAUCUGGUGUUUGACCACCAUUUGCCUCAUGCAGCGCAACACAUCUUCACAUAGAGUUGAUCAGGCUGUUGAUUGUGGCCUGUGGAAUGUUGUCCCACUCCUCUUCAACGGAUGUGCGAAGUUGCUGGAUAUUGGCGGAAACUGGAACACGCUGUCGUACAGAGCAUCCCAAACAUGCUCAAUGGGUGACACGUCUGGUGAGUAUGCAGGUCAUGGAAGAACUGGAACAUUUUCAGCUUACAGGAAUUGUGUACAGAUCCUUGCGACAUGGGGCUGUGCGUUAUCAUGCUGAAACAUGAGGGGAUGGCGGUGGAUGAAUGGCACGACAAUGGGCCUCAGGAUCUCGUCACGGUAUCUCUGUGCAUUCAAAUUGGAAGCGGCUUAUAGUAGAGAAAUGAACAUUCAAUUAUCUGGCAACAGCUCUGGUGGACAUUUCGGCAGUCAGCAUGCCAAUUGCACACGCCCUCAAAACUUCAUAAAUCUGUGGCAUUGUGUUGUGUGACAAAACUGCACAUUUUAGAGUGGCCUUUUAUUGUCCCCAGCACAAGGUGCACCUGUGUAAUGAUCAUGCUGUUUAAUCCGUUUCUUGAUAUGCCACACCUGUCAGGUGGAUGGAUUAUUUGGCAAAGGAGAAAUGAUCACUAACAUUAAUGUAAACAAAUUUGUACACAAAAUUUGGAAGAAAUACGUUUUUUGAGCGUAUGGUAAAUGUCUGUGAUUUUUUAUUUCAGCUCAUGAAACAUGGGCCCAACACUUUACAUGUUGCAUUUAUAUUUUUGUUCAAUGGUACAACCUACCACUGUACCAAUAUAGUCAGGUCCAAAAUUAUUGACAACCUUGAUAAAGAUGACAAAAAAGAUUGUAUAAAAUAAAUAAUACAAAUACAGAGCUACAUUGCAUGCAUAUUUUUUUGGGGAAAUUGUAUUAUUUUAUACUAAUACAAUUGUUCAGAGAAAGACAUUUUGUUUAACAAGUAAUAUUAUUUUUCUAAAAAAGAUAGGGGUACAAAUUAUUGGCACCCCUGCUUCCAAUAUACUGUACAUCACCUUGCAAGGAUAAUGGCACUGAGUCUUUUUCUAAAAUAUUUUAUGAGAUUGGAGAACACAUUGGGAGGGAUCUUCCAGUAUCCUUCGUUUGUGCUUAUGGACUGCCCUAUUUAAUUCAAACCACAGAUUUUCAAUGGGGUCCAAGUCCAGAGACUGAAAAUUUAGAUUUUGUGGUCAAUUAACCAUUUGUUUGUGGAUUUUGAUGGAUUGCGGACAAGUUUAAGCCUCCUAGCAGAGGCAAACUGGUUUUUGGCUAAAAUGUCCUAGUACUGGGUAAAGUUCAUAAUGCCUUUGACCUCAGCUCUGUCGUUGUUGGCCAUGUCAUCAUGAAGCAUAUGGGGACAACAGACUGGGAUAGGGAGAGAUAGAAUAUGUCCAUAAUAUACAAAUAAAACAGGUUGUCUAGGACUAAUGAUGGGAGGACAGCUGGAAGUAAGCUACUAUAGUAAAAAGGACAUAUGCCUAUAUCCACAUGAGCUUCUAUAAAUAACCUUAUGGAAAAUCUAUGACAACCCUGCUUGAGAAAGCCAGCUGGUUAAGCCUUAUAAUGUGACUAUACCAUGUGUGUCAGGUUUUAGGCAUGGCCGCCUAUCUACAAUAACAUUUGUCCCACAGUCCCACAGAAUGUUAUUCCCCAAAAAGUGGUCAAUAAGUCACACAUUACACAUUUGCAACGAGAACCAAUGUUGUGUUUGGCCCAGGCACCUAGAUCUAACAUUACACAAUGGGCUUGAUUGCGAACAAAUGUUUAAUCUGUAAGCGGUUUAGGAGAGUGUGCUGGUGACAUAUAGAGAGCGCGCGCCUUCGGUUGCUUAUGAUUCAUCAUGGCGAGUGCUACAGCCGUCCCCUCAUCAGCAGCGAACGCUCCAUCUCUCAAGGUAAAUGUCCUCUUCCCAGUAACCGAAAAACGGUCAUGCUGGCUGUCCUCGACACUGCUAACCUAUACGUUAUCGUUGCCUAUUUCUGAAAGUGACGGGAUAAGAAUUCCUGACGCAGGUCUCGUUCAGUAAACACUAAAGCGCGCACGACCGACACAGACAGUAGGAUUAUAAUUCAAUACAUUUGUUUCAACGGCGUCUGUUAUAGAUUUUCUGUCACAGCAGUGUUUUGUUAUACCGAUGAAAACAUAUGUAACAUAUCUAUAUUGCUUAGCCCUAUGUGUUUUGAGAUGGCAACUGUAGCAUAUGACGACACAUUUUAUAUAACUGCAUCACGCCGACGGGAUGUUCUGUUAUUCGCGCGUCGCUCUUAUAACCAGCCUGUCUAUUACAGUAACCUGUGUUUUUAUGGGCUUCCUACCAAUGGCUAAUAAUAACUAUGGGGGGUAAUCAGUGACGUUAUUUCACAGUAUUUACUGCAUGAUCACAUGUUAAAAUAGCUUAUAUUGUAUAAUCUAAAACAACCACAAUUCUUAUUAUGAUUAUUAUGCCUGCUAUUAUUAUUAUAUUAUUAUUAGGGCCUUUGCAAUUGGAGUGAUGGUGGCCUAAUGUAAAUGUAAGCAUUCAGUUCACCUGGUGACAGACUAUCAUCUUGCUGUAGGUAAAAUGAGCUCCUGUGCUGUGCCGAGCAGAGCAGGGAAUUCAAGCCUCACACAGGCCCUCACAGACAAUACCUUUUCCUAUCCUCAUUUAAUUUAGGUCAGCAAACCUCACUGUUCUUUCCAACAACCCCAAUCUCUCCCUGCUCCCCGCUCCCCUUCCCAUGCUGUUACUUUUAUUUUUUAUAACUAACCCUGUUAGUUAAAGUAAAUAGACUAUCUGUGUGAAUGUUUUAAUAAGCUUAGGCUUAUAUGUAGUUGUUUACAACCUACAUUAAGUUGUCAUCUAUAUAAAGUUGUUUACAAUGUCCUCCCAGGGCUCUGGUAAAGGUGUAUCCAGCAGUAACGGCAUGGAUGACAGCGUCCACAGCUUCAAGGUAACAUUCUAAUCAUUUACCCUGUGGUAAAAUGUGUAUAGCAACAAGCAUUAUUCUCUGUAACACAUUUUGAUCACUUCCUCAUUCAUUUCAAGCGUGUGCAAAGGCAUGUGGUACAGCAAUGGUAUAGUAAUGUGGAACAGUUCAGAUAUUGCACAUACUGCUACAAUAGUAAUUUAUAUUGCAUGUAAACUGCAAUCACAAGACAUUUGAAGUUUGUCAGUGUAUGGCAAACUGGAUACGCCAUUCCCUCUAACUGCCCAUUUCAGUGUGGUGAAUCAGGUGAAUCACUUGCCUUCAGUGAGGAGCCCAGCUGCACCAUCUUGAUGUUUCCUGGAUAUUAUUAUGAUAUUCAUAAAACCUCCCCUGGUUGUCAAUCAAAAGGUCCAGAUCACACAAAGAGAAUGGACACCUCCCCCCACCCCCAUGGCUCUCCUAAUGCCUCUCAGUCCGUUAGAUCAAAAAAACACAUAUCCCCCUACAAAAACAACAUUACGUCUGCCUCAGCAAAACUGAAUCAAAGAAAUCCACCUGAGCUCCUGAGAUGUUCAUUUUAUAGAUCCAUGGUGGUUAACCACUUCUGUGGCCCCUCGUUUGGCCUGUGGCCCCCAGUCCCCUGUGCUAACCACAUACUCAAUGUUUUGGCCCUUUGUGGCCCUCAGCGAGGUAGAGAGAGAGGAGGAUGAGGGCCCUGGUCUAUCCAGGAGGUCCUGUGUCGUGUCCGCGGAUAAUCCACUUUCCCAGAUCACGCUAAGCACCACCUGUCAAUCAGGCUAUGACCUGUGAUCUGCCACAGGCUUUAGCUGUGAUUUACUAUGCUCUCUAAUGUUGCACAGGAAGGAGACAGCAAGGUAGGCGGCAGGCGCAGGUGGUGAUUUGUUGAUUAGGAGAAAGAGAGGGGGAGAGAAAUGGGGGAAAGAAAGGGGAGAGAGCGAGAAAGAGAAAGAGAGAGAGAGUUGUCAUGGGCUGUGCAGUACCAUUUAAAGAAUUGGACAUUGCUGUAGACCAUUUUAAGACUUGGACAUUCAGGGCUGGAUUAAGCCUAUAAUUAAUUAAUCAGGGUCUGAGAAACUGGCCUCAUAGAUGCUACAGACGCAUAAUUGCAUCAGGUGUGUAGUCUUGAACUACGAGCACCUCUGUAGUACUGUAUCUGAGCCUAGCUUGUAUACAAUAUGGACCCCUGUGUUGUUACUGUACUCACUUGCAGGAAUCUGACUCAUUUUUUGUGACACACCUGAGCUGGAUGUAGUGUAUUUAUAGUUUGGUAAUCCCUGGCCAAUGGAGUGUGUGAGGUUACGCUGACCAUGGAUUACAUGGAACUCAUUCACCUAACACAGCUAAAUCAUGGUCUCAUGCGCUAUUACAUUAGUUACCAGAGUUAUCAGGAUCUCUGUAAAUGGGCCUAUCUCAGAUUCUUCACAGCAGGUCAGAAGUGAUUUGUUGUGCAAUGCACUUAUUAAAAGAUGUGUGUGAAUUCUGAACUAAUGAGAAGAUAUAGAAAAUAUACUGUAUGUAUCUCUCAUAUCUCUCCAAUUUUAUCACACUGAAGUUUUAAAAUAUCACUAUAUCAGAUGGCUGGAUAAGUAUAUGGAGAUAUUAGGCCAAAACAUUGGUAACCAAUGCUGUAGUCAAUGAUGUGUGACUGUGAGAAAGAGAGAGAGUAAUCUGACAGCACUUCCCCUCUGUAAUGAGAUUAUGCAACGCAGCAACAGGGCUGCGUUUACACAGGCAGCCCAAUUCUGAUAUUUUUUCCUCCAAUCCCAUCUGAUCUUUUCACAUGUGACCUUUUUCAGAGCUGAUUGGUAAAAUAUCAGAAUUGUGCUGCUUGUGUAAACGCAGCCCAGGAAGGGUAGAUCUGAGACAGACCUAAUCCAGACAGGCACUGAGAGCAGCCAACCACAGCAGAGCAUUUGCCUUUAGAUACUGAUCUAGAGUAAGUUUCAUAUUUACCCCCACCCUCAUGGUUAAGGUUAGGAUUGGGGUAGAGUUAUCUUAUCCUAGAACUGUGGUAAAGGCAACUCCUACCCUGAGAGCGGUUGUGUCAGGUGUCCUCUGUGGUUGUGUUGGUUUAUUGAGUGGCUCAUGUUCCUAGGAGGUAUAAGCCUGGAGUGUCAUCUACUGGCCAGUGGAAGAGUUGCAGAACUCUGAAGCGCCUGAUGAGAUACAAUGGCGAAGGUUCAUAAAGAUGGAGGAAAUCAGAUAUGACGUCAUUGUUUUUAGCACUAUCCACAGAGUUUUUAAACUACGGCGCACAACAUGGUUCAAUGCGCCAAUAUAUCAGCACAUUUUUCUAAUGCCGGCAUCUUGGAGCUAGAAUUGGUAUCGUGCUAAUGGUGAUACAAAUUUAGCAAAUGAGCCAUUUGUUGUAAGUCAAUAGAAGCCACCAUCUUUAUGCACCGCUGCUAUUGUAGGCUUCAUAUACUAUCUUAUAGUGUGUGUUUUUUGAGAGAAUGAACACAGAAUGAAUCCACUUCACUUUGAAAUGUCCCCAAAGUACUCCUUAAUCAAAUGGACAUUGUUUUGACUCAUACAUUUUACAACAGUGAUUGUGGACAAUGGCAUACAGUAUAUUACACCUAAAGCAGUGUGUAUUAUGAGUUUACAUCUAAACCAUGUCCUCUAUAUUCCCUCCAGGCAGCUGACCUGGUCAUUGAGCUGUCCCAGACCCACAAGGCCAAACCUGACCUGACCAACCUGGUGUUUGGAACUGUGUUCACUGACCACAUGUUGACCAUAGAGUGGACCAGCGCUGGAGGUUGGCAGAAACCUCACAUCAAGCCCUUUGGUAACCUGUCUCUCCACCCGGCCUGUUCAGCCAUGCACUAUGCUGUACAGGUAGGAAACACCUUGUGAGAAAGUUAAUGUGUCUCACGCUCACGCUGUCCAUUCUUGCUGCCAACCUGAUAGUAAUGAAGACUACAAUGGAAAUAUGUUGGUCGAUUUAUUACAUUAUUUAAUUUUGUGUGGAUUUAUUUAGUACUAAAUAACGUAUUGGCAAUCUGUAUGUAUUUUAAAUAUGUCUAAUAACAUUAAUUAAUUCAAGGAUAUGACACAGCAGGCAAAGUUAAAGGUGCAAGAUCAGGUGUAGGUUUAUUAAAUGAUAUGUGUUACAAAAUUAAGGAUGGCAGAAAUAUAUACAAAACGUGCAAAACGACUGUGAAAACAAACAAAAACACUGAAAACGUCCCAAAUGAAAAGGAUUAGGCCUAAACAGGUAUUUCUAGCAAAUAUAACGUACUUGGCACAAGUGGGGUUUAACAGGCUGUAACCAGCCUACCAAUGAGCAAUUCCAACACUGGUAAAAAUGUACAGAUCAGCGUCUACAUUACAGGUAUGUAUAGAACCUUCCCCAUGGCCUUCACAUCUUACAGCCCCAAUUUCAGUGUCUUCCAUCAGGAAAUAGACUGUGCUGCUGAAAGUUUGUGUUGAGAGCUUAAGGUGAAUGUACUAUACUUUAAUUGUAGCUCUGAUAAGAAUAGGCACAGCUAGGAUAGUUGAAGGACAGUUGAUUGGACAUAAAUGGCCAACACAUUACAUUUUAGUCAUUUAGCAGACGCUCUUAUCCAGAGCGACUUACAGUUAGUGAAUACAUAUUUUUUUAUACUGUCCCCCCGUGGGAAUCAAACCCACAACCCUGGCAUUGCAAACGCCAUGCUCUAUCAACUGAGCUACAUCCCUGCCGGCCAUUCCCUCCCCUACCCUGGACGACGCUGGGCCAAUUGUGCGCCGCCCAUGAGUCUCCCGGUCGCGGCCGGCUGCGACAGAGCCUGGAUUCGAACCAGGAUCUCUAGUGGCACAGUUAGCACUGCGAUGCAGUGCCUUAGACCACUGCGCCACUCAGGUACAUUCACAUGUACAUUCAUAUGUACUGUAACUCACUAGCACACACACAUAGGUUCAGGAAGCCAUUUUCCCAUUCUGGUCCUCAUUCAUUACAUUUGCAUUUACAUUUUAGUAUAUUCACUCUGUUCAGAGAAUGACUAGAGGUCAGUGGUUCUCUCCUGUCUGCCAGUCUUAACCCCUGUCUCUCUCUCCUCUCCUCUGUUCUGUGGUCAGUUGUUUGAGGGUAUGAAGGCAUACCGGGGUGCUGAUGACAAAGUGCGUCUCUUCAGACCCAUGCUCAACAUGAACCGUAUGGCCAAGUCUGCAGAGAGGGCCUGCCUGCCAGUAAGAACACACACAGUACAGGCUAUGGUACUAUACAGGACAAGCCUUCAGCCUGGAAAAUAAUAUUAUAUUUAAACUGAACAAAAAUAUACGCACAAAAAGCCAAUUUCUCUCAAAUUUUGAGCACAAAUUUGUUUACAUCCCUGUUAGUGAACAUUUCUCCUUUGCCAAAAUAAUCCAUCCAUCUGACAGGUGUAGCAUAUCAAGAAGCUGAUUAAACAACAUGAUCAUUACGCAGGUGAACCUUGUGCUGGGGACAAUAAAAGGCCACUCUAAAAUGUGCAGUUUUGUCACACAACACAAUGCCACAGAUUUCUGAAGUUUUGAGGGAGCGUACAAUUGGCAUGCUGACUGCAGCUCUGGUGGACAUUCCUGCAGUCCAACGUUGUUUUAGAGAAUCUGGCAGUACGUCCAACCGGCCUCACAACCGCAGACCACGUGUAUGGCGUCGUGUAGGCGAGCGGUUUGCUGAUGUCAACAUUGUGAACAGAGUGCCCCAUUGUGGCGGUGGGGUUAUGGUAUGGGCAGGCAUAAGCUAUGGACAACGAACACAAUUGCAUUUUAUCGAUGGCAAUUUGAGUGCACAGAGCUACCGUGACGAGAUCCUGAGGCCCAUUGUUGUGCCAUUCAUCUGCCGCAAUCACCUCAUGUUUCAGCAUGAUAAUGCGCAGCCCCAUGUCGCAAGGAUCUGUACACAAUUCCUGGAAGCUGAAAAUGUCCCAGUUCUUCCAUGGCCUGCAUACUCACCAGACGUCACCCAUUGAGCAUGUUUGGGAUGCUCUGGAUUGACAUGUACGACAAUGUGUUCCAGUUUCCACCAAUAUCCAGCAACUUCGCACAGCCAUUGAAGAGGAGUGGAGCAACAUUCCACAGGCCACAAUCAACAGCCUGAUCAACUCUAUGCGAAGGAGAUGUGUCGCGCUGCAUGAGGCAAAUGGUGGUCACACCAGAUACUGACUGGUUUUCUGAUCCACCACCCUACCUCUUUUUUUUAAAGGUAUCUGUGACCAACAGAUGCAUAUCUGUAUUCCCAGUCAUGUGAAAUCCAUAGAUUAGGGCCUAAAGAAUGUAUUUCAAUUGACUGAUUUCCUUAUAUGAACUUUGAAAUUGUAUCAUGUUGCGUUUAUAUUUUUGUUCAGUGUAGAUAUGUAGUGUCUACAGUGUCAUCAUAUCAUGUACAGUACAUUGAAGACUUGAACAAUGUUCCACAGUACAUCAACAUGUUUGUCUCUGAUCUAAAAAAAUAACACAAAAAAAAAACACUUGUCUUUUCCUACUAGCACUGACUUUGCUGAUAACUACUUUAUUGAGAAAAAUGUACUUACUAUGACUGUGAUAUAUGGUUGUCUCACCUAGCUAUCUUAAGAUGAACUGUAAGUCGCUCUGGAUAAGAGUGUCUGCUAAAUGACUAAAAUGUCCCAUUUCUCCUUUCCCGGCUCAACCUUUAAUCUGCCCUCUCUCCCUCUCUCCCUCUCCCUCCUCCCUCCUCCAGGCCUUUGACAGGGCAGAGUUGGUAGAGUGUAUCAGGAGACUGGUACAGGUGGAUCUGGAGUGGGUACCCCAGUCAGACACUGCCAGUCUCUACAUCCGACCCACCUUCCUGGGUACUGAGGUGAGGAGAUGACCAACCAACUGCUCUCUGUCUCCUUCUGUGAGGGACUGUCUCAUUCACUCUCAUAUGCUGUGACAGGGCUCUCCCUCGGUCUAGCUUCCUCUAUACUUGUUGGUGAAGUGGUAAUCAUUCAUUUGUGAAUAGCUCAAGAGUGUGUCGACUAUUGACGUGUGUGUACGUGUGUGUGGCCUGUGUCCCUCUCUAGCCGUCUCUAGGAGUGAAGAAGCCGUCCCAUGCUCUACUGUAUGUGAUCCUGAGUCCUGUUGGUUCCUACUUCAGCACAGGAGCUAAGCCUGUCUCUCUCUGGGCCGACUCCAAAUACAUCAGAGCCUGGAGAGGAGGGACAGGAGACUGUAAGAUGGGAGGGUAAGAGGAGGGACUGGAGACUGUAAGAUGGGAGUGUUAGAGGAGGGACAGGAGACUAAGAUGUGAGGGUUAGAGGAGGGACUGGAGACUGUAAGGUGGGAGGGUUAGAGGAGGGACUGGAGACUGUAAGGUGGGAGGGUUAGAGGAGGGACUGGAGACUGUAAGAUGGGAGGGUUAGAGGAGGGACUGGAGACUGUAAGAUGGGAGGGUUAGAAGACGGACAGGAGACUGUAAGAUGGGAGAGUUAGAGGAGGGACUGGAGACUGUAAGAUGGGAGGGUUAGAGGAGGGACUGGAGACUGUAAGAGGGAAGGGUUAGAGGAAGGACUGGAGACUAUAAGAUGGGAGGGUUAGAGGAGGGACAGGAGACUGUAAGACGGAAGGGUUAGAGGAAGGACUGGAGACUGUAAGAUGGGAUGGUUAGAGGAGGGACUGGAGACUGUAAGACGGAAGGGUUAGAGGAGGGACUGGAGACUGUAAGAUGGGAUGGUUAGAGGAAGGACUGGAGACUAUAAGAUGGGAUGGUUAGAGGAGGGACUGGAGACUGUAAGACGGAAGGGUUAGAGGAAGGACUGGAGACUAUAAGAUGGGAUGGUUAGAGGAGGGACUGGAGACUGUAAGACGGAAGGGUUAGAGGAAGGACUGGAGACUAUAAGAUGGGAUGGUUAGAGGAGGGACUGGAGACUGUAAGACGGAAGGGUUAGAGGAGGGACUGGAGACUGUAAGAUGGGAGGGUAAAGAGACAGAGGCUAUGUUCCAUUAUCCUACAGAUCACAAGUUAGGAUUGAGUUUGGUUACUGCACACCCUUUGAGUAAAGGCAGGUCAGAUAUGGCAGUAUUCUUUUGAGAUGCAGUAAAAAUGCUUGCUUUGUAACGUGUUGUACUAAUUUAUCCUGACCAUAAUAUCCCCACCCUGCCAACAGUACUAAUACAGCUUUUCACCAGAUUCAACUCUAAAGAGCUUUGGAUUUCAUUAUGACACAAUAGGGUCAUAUGCUAGGUUACUCUAACGAAUGGAACAUUGUCAAAUAAUUUGGAUUACGACACAUGGAAUUUAAAUGUAAACUGACAACUCUUGUUUGUGGAUUAAAAUGAACAUGAACAUGGUGGUUUGUUUACAGGAACUACGGAGCAUCUAUCUACGCCCAGUAUGAAGCAGUGGAUUAUGGGUGCCAGCAGGUCCUCUGGCUGUACGGAGACGACCAUCAAAUCACAGAGGUCGGAACCAUGAACAUGUUCCUCUUCUGGAAUAAUGAGAAAGGAGGUAAUCAUGGUCACUUUCAGCGUCAUAGCCAAUGAGAUUAGAGAUAAUACCUUUGCUUUACUAGGGCUAUUGCAGUUCGACAAGGCCAAAGGAAAUAUAGGUUGCGUUCCCAUGCUCAGACAUUGCAUGCAUCAAUGGUUGCAUGCCACAUCAUUGCUAGAACAUAUGACGUGGUUAGCUGAUACUUAAAAUACCUAUCCAGGCAUUGUAAGAGCUGGCAUGCGUCAGCAACGUCUGAGCAGGGGAACACAACCAUCCUCUUCUGGAUCUGUUGAUAUGGACAUAAUAUUACUGAACAGGAAACUGAUCUUUGUGUCCGAUUGUACAACAGCGACAUCUAAUGGGCAGAGUGUGUAGCACAGCAGCUGUAGUUUUACAUAGCCAGUUUCUUCACCUCUUCUCUUAUCUAUGAAAACUUGGUUCAGAUGGGAUAUUCCAUUGACACUAAAUGACCUGUUUAAUUCAUUUGUGCGUACAAUGUUUUUCUCUCCAGAGGAGGAGCUGGCAACACCCCCUCUGGAUGGAAUCAUCCUCCCUGGGAUCACGCGGCAGAGCAUCCUGGAACUCACCAGGAAAUGGGUAUGAGAGAGAGAUAAUUAUAUAACCAGUGCAUUCGGAAAGUAUUCAGACCCCUUGACUUUUUCCACAUUUUGUUAUCUUACAGCCUUAUUCUAAAAUAUCAAUCCACACACAAUACCCCAUAAUGACAAAGCAAAAACUGGUUUUUAGAAUUUUUUGAAAAUGUAUUAAAAAUAAAAAACAGAAAUAUUACAUUUACAUAAGUAUUCAGACCCUUUACUCAGUACUUUUUUGAAGCACCUUUGGCAGCGAUUACAGCCUUGAGUCUUCUUGGGUAUAACGCUACAAGCUUGGCACAACUGUAUUUGGGGAGUUUCUCCCAUUCUUCUCUGCAGUUCCUCUCAAGCUCUGUCAGGUUGAAUGGGGAGUGUUGCUGCACAGCUAUUUUCAGGUCUCUCCAGAGAUAUUCGAUCGGGUUCAAGUCCGGGCUCUGGCUGGGCCACUCAAGGACAUUCAGACUCAGUGGCGGCUCCUGAAAAAAUUCUCAGGAGGGGCAAUUUUUCUGAUGAUUUAGGUGACCUACACACGUGCACGAGUCCGUGCACGCGAUUCCAGAUAUCUUUACCUCUGAAUAAACUGCCUUUAUUAUACCAUAUCCACCCUGUCCAAAGUCUCUACUUGGUCUCAGUUCUCCAGUAAACUUGUGAUUAUCAACAGUACACAACGGUAACAAACAAUUGGGGGAACUCACGGGGCAGAUAGUAACCACUUAAAAGGAAGCGAUUCCCAAACCUUCCAUAACAAAGCCAUCACCUACAGAGAGAUGAACUUGGAGAAGAGUCCCCUAAGUAAGCUUGUCCUGGGCCUCUGUUCACAAACACAAACAGACCCCACACAGCCCCAGGACAACAACAACAACAACAACAACAACAACACAAUUAGACCCAACCAAAUCAUGAGAAAACAAAAAGAGAAUUACUUGACACAUUGGAAAGAACAAACAAAAAAACAGAGCAAACUAGAAUGCUAUUUGGCCCUAAACAGAGAGUACACAGUGGCAGAAUACCUGACCACUGUGACUGACCCAAACUUAAUGAAAGCUUUGACUAUGUACAGACUCAGUGACCAUAGCCUUGCUAUUGAGAAAGGCCGCCGUAGGCAGACCUGGCUCUCAAGAGAAGACAGGCUAUGUGCACACUGCCCACAAAAUGAGGUGGAAACUGAGCUGCACUUCCUAACCUCCUGCCAAAUGUAUGACCAUAUUAGAGACACAUAUUUCCCUCAGAUUACAGCGAUCCACAAAGAAUUUGAAAACAAACCCAAUUUUGAUAAACUCCCUUAUCUACUGGGUGAAAAACCACAGUGUGCCAUCACAGCUGCAAGAUUUGUGACCUGUUGCCACAAGAAAAGGGCAACCAGUGAAGAACAAACACCAUUGUAAAUACAACCCAUAUUUAUGUUUAUUUAUUUUCCCAUUUGUACUUUAACUAUUUGCACAUUGUAACAACACUGUAUAUAUACAUAAUAUGACAUUUGAAAUGUCUUUAUUCUUUUGAAACUUCUGAGUGUAAUGUUUACUGUUAAUAUUUAUUGUUUAUUUCACUUUUGUUUACUAUCUACUUCCCUUGCUUUGGCAAUGUUAACACACGUUUCCCAUGCCAAUAAAGCCCUUAAAUUGAAUUGAAUUGAUAGUAAGGUCGCAAUGACACAGAAAGCAGUUCAAUGUCGGGGUACAGAGUCGCUCUCUUACCAGGAUCGCGGUCCGCUCUGACCAGGGUGAAGGUGGCCGGCUCCACUUCUCUGUCCGGGACUCAUCCAGCCAAGUCUCCCAGCUGUAUUGGGAUUCAGCUGCCAGCAGCGUUUUCAUUAUUUAGUCCGUUCGUAGCGGGUAUGUACACGAUCAACAAGAUCAGUCCAAAACCAACCACUGGAAAUCCAUGGUUGGCAGAAUGUUUGUAAACUAAGUCUACAAAUUAAAAACAUAAAAUAACGCCGCACUGCAGGUCGCAACAGAGACGCUUCUAGCCGCCAUUGUCUUAGUUACGUUCAACGUUACGUCACGUAUGACGAAAGCGCGUAAGUGCAAGCCCACAGACACCCAUAGAGAAUGUAUUGAAAGCUUUGAAAUGUGAAAAAAAUAGAUUUUACAUGACAGGCUAUGAGAGACUUCUGGGCGAUUUUCAACUUGACUGAAAUCGCCCCAAAAACGGGCGGGGCCAUUUGAAGCACGACUUUAGCCUGAUUUGACAUUUAGUGGCUGGCAGAUCAGACGUGAACACUGAUAACUGCUGUUGCCGUGAUAUAAUUGAUUAGAAAAAAAAUCCCUUCCUUUUCCCGUUUGGCAGUGCGUCGCCCAUAUCGCCCUAUUGAACAAGCCGUCCCUGUUCAGACUCCUGCGUUGUCUUGGCUGUGUGCUUAGGGUUGUUGUCCUGUUGGAAGGUGAACCUUCGGCCCAGUCUGAGGUCCUGAGCACUCUGGAGCAGGUUUUCAUCAAGGAUCUCUCUGUACAUUGCUCUGUUCAUCUUUCCCUCCAUCCUGACUAGCCUCCCAGUCCCUGCCGCUGAAAAACAUCCCCACAGCAUGAUGCUGCCACCACCUUGCUUCACCAUAGGGGUGGUGCCAGGUUUCCUCCAGAUGUGACGCUUGGUACUCAGGCCAAAGAGUUCAAUCUUGGUUUCAUCAGACAAGAGAAUAUUGUUUCUCAUGGUCUGAGAGUCGUUUAGGUGCCUUUUGGCAAACUCCAAGCGGGCUGUCAUGGGCUUUUCCUGAGGAGUGGCUUCCGUCUGACCACUCUACCAUAAAGGCCUGAUUGGUGGAGUGCUGCAGAGAUGGUUGUCCUUCUGGAAGGUUCUCCCAUCUCCACAGAUGAACUCUGGAGCUCUGUCAGAGUGGCUAUUUGAAGAAUAUCAAAUAUAAAAUAUAUUUUGAUUUAUUUAACACAUUUUUGCUUACUACAUGAUGAGUGCUGCAGAGAUGGUUGUUCUUCUGGAAGGUUCUCCCAUCUCCACAGAGGAACUCUGGAGCUCUGUCAGAGUGGCUAUUUGAAGAAUAUCAAAUAUAAAAUAUAUUUUGAUUUAUUUAACACUUUUUUGCUUACUACAUGAUUCCAUAUGUGUUAUUUCACAGUUUGGAUGUCUUCACUAUUAUUCUACAAUGUAUAUAAAACUGUAAAAAUAAAGAAAAACCCUUGAAUGAGUAGGCAUGUCUAAACUUUUGACUGGUACUGUAUAUAUAGAGAGAGAGGGUAAGAGGGGGGCAGGUACAAUGUGUUCUCUAGGGGUAAGACACAACAUAGUUCAACGACUACACAGGGCACAAGCUAGGGGGCAAGAGAGAGAUAGAGGGUUGAACUUGCCAUGGCACUAGGGGUUUAAGGGAAAGAUGGACUGGACACUCGCAUGGACAUACCACCAGGGGUGCUUCCAUCUGCUACAGGACCACAGGCACUAUACCAGCGGCUAUCACUGGCCAUUAAACCAGUAGCCUGGUUGCCAGAUCAGAUACAUGUAUAGCAUGACAAGGAAUCUUGGAGGACUUGGCUAAAGCACAGGCAGAUCUGGCAAGAGAGAGAGAGAGCGAGAGAGAGAGAGUGAGAGAGAGAGCUACCGUCCUGUAGGUUUUCAUUCCACCCCUAAUCUAGCGUACCUUAUUUGAAUAGCUGGGUGAUAAACUGAAUCAGGUUACAACUGGGGUUAGAGUGAUAACCUACAGGAGGGUAGCUCUCCAGGAACAGGGUUGGAGAGCCCUGGUAUAUAGAGAGAGAUUUAUAGGGAGAGAGAGAAAUAUUGUGCAGAAUACAGGAAGUCUUCAGCAGAGAUGAGUAGCUAAGUGUUUACAGAAGCCUGUCCUUGUAUGGGUUUCAUUACAUAUAUUUUCUCCUCCACCUCCCUCUCUCCUCAUCCACUUCUCCUCUCCUCUUCUAGGGGGAGUUUAAGGUGUGUGAACGCUACCUGACCAUGGCAGACCUGCGCUGUGCUCUGAAAGAGAGCCGUGUUAAGGAGAUGUUUGGCUCUGGUACUGCAUGUGUGGUCAGUCCUGUGGGACGCGUACUCUACCAGGGAGAGGUACACAACCACAACUCACUACCCUUACAACAUAUGGAUGAAUGAAUGGAUGGAUGACUGAAUGGAUGAAUGAAUGAUACAAUCAAGCAAGCAAUCAAAACAUUACAAUCAAGCUCUUUCACAUGUUUAGCACUUUGUCAUAAACCGCUGAACAGCUACUCCAGAAAGUAGUAUUUUUAAAAUUGUGUGUGUAUGUGUCUCUCUCUAGAACCUACAUAUCCCCUGCCAGGAGGAUUGUCCCCAGCUGGCCUCUAGACUGAUGAAGGAGCUCACAGAUAUACAGGUAAGAUCACACCCCACUGGGCACAGACAUCAAUUCAACGUCUAUUCCACGUUGGUUCAAAGUAAUUUCAUUCAACCAGUGUGUGCCCAGUGAGACACGUGAAAUUGUACUGUAACCUCCACUGGCGCUAUCAAAUUGUAACCUUUUCGGAGGCGCAACUGGCUAAGACGUUGUCAAAUCGGCGGUCACGUGUGUUAGCGAAGCAGUGGAUCACUAAUUCGAGCCCAGAAAGUGGACAGGGACAGUGAAGGAAGCUAUACUGUUAGGUAAGCACAGUGUCGUCCGUCACGCACGCAACCAGACAUGUACGUAUGCAGGCAGACACACACAGCAGAUGUGGCCUCUCCCACAGUAAUGGUAACAGCUGGAUGGACAUCAGGGCUUGCCAACUGUCUGACCUAGACUGAUGUCAUCCUCAGCACACAGUCUAUUCCAUAGAGAUACAUACUAGAUUAAUCUAGAUUCUUUCUACACUGUGUUUUUGUAUCAGGGCUAUUUUGUAUUAGUAAAGUGUAGUGUGUAUUCUGCCCUGUAGCUUACCACAUAUCUGUUUAUUCUACACUUUAUUGCCUUGGUUAAGAGCUGUAAAUGGAUACUAUCACCCUGCCUGCUUACCAGAAAAUAUUUGCUAGUGGGGGUGUUAAACUGAGUGGGUCAUUAAUUCAGUGUAGAUCUUACUCAGUAUCUCUGGUCCUCUCUCUCUCUCUAUCUCUCUCUCCUCCUCUCUCUCUCUCUCUCUCUCUCUCUCUCUCUCUCUCUCUCUCUCUCUCUCUCUCUCUCUCUCUCUCUCUCUCUCUCUCUCUCUCUCUGUCUGGCCGUCUCUCUUUUAUGUGUGUUUGUGUCCAUCCCUGCCUCAUAUCAUUUCACCCUGUCAGGGCUAGGUCAGGUGAUUAUCAUUUUCCCUCUAAAUCUCCUCAUUGCCACGGCUGUGUGUGAGAGCUUGCGUGCGUCUCCUCUGCCCAAUCACUAGUGCUGUGUGUGUGUGCAUCUGUGUGUGUAUGUAAACCUUAUCUGAGUGUAUGUGUGGCCCUAGCGAUAGCUUCUCUCCCCCCUGUAGCUCAUUGUGGCGCCGACACACAGCCAGACAGAGGAGAGAGAGGGAGGUUAAUGUAGUAAUGGCUGGGCAGGGAUGGGAGAUAGAGUAGACACACAGUCCUGAAAGCUCUCAUUAAAGAUGCCUGCUGUAAUUACACAAACCUAAUUAUUGUCUCAGCCUUUGUGAUCAAAGCCAAGACGCCGCAAAUGAAGCUGCUUGAACAAGAGAGAGAGAGAGAGAGAGAGAGAGAGAGAGAGAGAGAGAGAGAGAGAGAGAGAGAGAGAGAGAGAGAGAGAGAGAGGUGGGAAGGGGUAGAGGGAGAGACGGAGGAGCCUAAUGAACAAUAACAUCGACAAAAUGCAAAUAAACUCAGCCUGAUGUUAAAUCUGUUGACAUUUCAUUUGGAUGAGAAACAGAAUGGCGUGCGGCACCCGCCUCUCCAAGAAGAAGAAGACAUUGGGCACAAACAAACGCGUUGUCUAAGACGAGGGGAGCGAGGGAUGGGAAGAGGAAUGAAAGAUGGGUUUACUAACACGGCCCUCCGUUUCUCUUUCAUGUUAAUUAGAAAUUGCAUUUCUUUUGUUUCUCUUCGCGGGUGCUUAUUUACUUUCACGACUCCGUCCAUUAGAACUAAUUUACAACAUGAGACGUAAAUAAUUGGAUUUGUCUCCACGGUUGUCACAGUUCAGGAACAUUCUGUUUUGAUUUGGUUGUUGUUUAGUUUGUGGCUGAGUUCGCAAGAUUUGCUUGGGAAAUUUGUUAUUUUUUGUUUUGUGUUUUCGGUUGCACCAUUCACUGUGUUGUAGCAAUGGAGUUAAAACAGUUUGUGACUACUAAUUGUUGGCCUGUGUUUUUAUGCCUGUUUGACCCAAGUUUAACCUUUGACCUUCUCAUGACCUUUUCUCUCCUUGGUUACAGUACGGCCGGACCCAGAGUGACUGGUCUGUCCUCGUGUAACCAAGACACAGUGGUGUGGGAAUCUGGGACAAGCACACACACACACACUGUAUAUGCAUAUACACAGACAUACAUGCACACACACACAAAAGCAUGUAGACAUACAACAUAAAAGCAAUACAGGAAUUUCUUGCGCACAUAAAUCCAUGCAACAACACCACAAACACACACACACACACCAAAUAACCAGACGGCAGUGUAACCUCUAUAAAUGUGAGCUCUUUCAAAUGUGCAAUAAUCUUACUCAGAUUGCAGGAUACUGGAUGUUCAAUUUGAAGUUCCAUAGGGUCAGUAGCAAUAUUAUUCCACUCUAACUCCGCUCAAAUUGUGCACGACUUCCCCAUUCACACACCCUGCCCUCCGCAGAACUGACACACAGACAGUGCAGAUCUCAAUAGUCUGCCCUGGUGUGGCAGCCCUGCUAAAGGGUUGACAUUCAAAUAUUACCAGCAGAAGAUUUCGAGGGGUAGCAAUGACCAGCAACUAAUGUUAAACCACUUUGACUCAAUAGACCUUUAAAAGGGUCAUGUUACCUAUGAAGGUUAUUAUGUAUUUCAGUAUCAUUAUAUGCAAGUGUGUGUUUGAAUCGUGUCAUGCGAAAACGUUAUUUCUGAAUAUGGUAUUUCUAUUUUGAAUGGAGGAUUUUAGAAUUUUAUUUUGAACAAAUAUAACUAUUUUAAAGUGAGCUUAAAUGGCGGAGCAAGUUUCUCAUGGAAAGCACGUUAGUACAGCUAAAAGAGAAUAAUGAAUUCAUUAAAAGAGGGCUCUGAAAGAACGCCUGAUAUAUCAUGUCUUAAGCUUUGAACCUAGAGAGUGGUAGAAUGAUACACAAAUCACUGGUAUCAAAGAAAGCAAAGACUAAGUCUAAGUAGCACAACUAUUGGUAAUAUCAUUCCAUGCCAGUUGCUGUGCACAUUCAAUAUUAAAAUGUAUGUUAUCUCUACAAUCUGUUGAUAGGAAAACUGACAUCUAAUCAAACGUCCCUUUGUCACAAUAAUAACAAUGGUGAUUUGUGUAGAGGUGUUCUAUCUUGGACCAAUGUCUGUCAUUUACUGUAGACCUGUAUUGCCUUGAUUGACCUAUCUCUCUAUCUGUAUCUAGAAAGUGAAGCACAAUAUCUGUUUUAUGUAAAGUUCUAUAUAUACUUAAAUGUAAGACAUAUAUUUAUGGAAUCAAUGCAAUGCGUCGAGUGAUACAAUAUUGCCUAUUCUAUUGAUCCAAAUAAUAAAUACGCACC